AUGGUAGGCCGUGUAAACUCGGCUUUGCAGUUGCGUCGAUCUCGGACUGAACAAUCCGUAAUACCAUCUCCUCCAACGCCAACGUCGUGCCAGGGUGCCGAAUUCCAGUGGGACCUCGGCUCUCCACACUUGACCUACCCAUUUCCAAUCCAUGAUCCCGCUACGAGGUUCAAACCAGGCUACAAUCUCCUGUCGGUCGAUCCUCACAUGUCCCUUAUCCGUGUUCAAUCCCUCCGUUGCUCUUGGAGUCCGACAUUCGAGAGCAUCUCUGUUCCAUGCUCCUCGUGCCAAACCCUUGGAACCUUUGUCGACGUCGUGAAGGACCACGCUGCGAAAGCUGUCGAAAAGCUCGAUCGACUCUCUUUGAGUCAUAAUCAGCUUUUACAGAAGCUUGACGCUGUCGAGAAGCAGGCACAGGUGGAGAGAUUGAAGCAUCUCAAUACCACCAGGGCCCUUGACUCGCUCCGCACUCAUGAAGCAACGUGGCACGCGCUUCUCGAUCUCGUCGGAAACCAUGAUAUCCCAGGACUGCAUCGUAUUUUCAAGAUUGCUAAACGACGUAGUUGGAGCACCGAGAAGUUAUUGGAAAGGCUGCGGGAUGCUUUCGAUGGCUCAUACCAUGUCCGGGGUUACAGCGACAUGGAGCUUGACCUCGCUACGGCAAUAUACGAGCUUAUGUAG